UCGAGAGUGAGAAAAAGAGAGAGGGCAGAAGAGCAGAGGAGCUCUCAGAGGAGAGAGAGACAGAGAGUGCAGACAGUCAUUCCCACACACCAGGCAGGCGGAUAUCGUAGUUGACAGGGAUUUAAGGCUUGGUGUGUUAAAACAGUGAAAAUACACAGGCUGGAGGAAGAAAUCCCUGCUAUUGGACCCAGAGAGACCAGAGAAGACUAGGGAAAGGAGGGAAGAACUGGAUAAAGAAGGUCUUAAGCUGGUCCCAGAGUGUUACAGGGAGAGAGACAACCUAUCUAAAAGGUGUGGAAGAAGAAGCUGCCGACAUUUGACUUCUUCUGACAGCCUGAUAAUGAAAUUUACCCACCCUUUGACCAUCCUGACCCAGGUCCUAGCCCUGACUCAGAGUGACUGUAUGUUUCCUGGAGGUAACCACUGGGGAGACUGGAAUGACUCGCAGCUGCAGCCCACCAUUCAGAAGCUCAUGAAGGGUUAUAAUCGCUACCUGAGGCCCAACUUCAAUGCGGGUCCCGUUGAGAUUGGAAUGAGUCUGGAUAUUGCCAGCAUUGACGCCAUCUCAGAAAUCAAUAUGGACUACACAGCCACUAUCUUCUUGCGCCAGAGAUGGAGAGACUCGCGGCUGGUGUUCCCAGGAAAUGAGAGUGUCAGCGUGGAUGGACGCCUGGUCUCCCUCCUCUGGAUCCCGGACACCUUCAUUCCGGACUCCAAACGUUCCUUCCUGCACGACGUCACCGUGGACAACCGCCUGAUUAGGAUCUUCAGCAACGGAACCGUCCUCUAUGCUCUACGGAUUACAGCAACCAUCGCCUGUAACAUGGACCUGACUAAGUACCCCAUGGACAGACAGGUGUGCACCUUACAGCUGGAGAGCUGGGGCUAUAAUCUCCAGGAUGUGGUGUUCUACUGGACCAGAGGUAAUGACUCAGUGAAGGGACUUGACACGCUGCGUCUGGCCCAGUACAGUGUGGAGACGUACUAUACCUCUGUGUCUCAGGCUGUCUACGAGACUGGGCUGUACCCGAAGCUGGUGCUUCACUUUGCUCUGCGUAGGAACGUGCUGUUCUUCAUCCUGGAGACAUACGUUCCAUCUACCCUCCUGGUGGUGUUGUCCUGGGUCUCCUUCUGGAUCAGCCAAUCAUCAGUCCCGGCACGCACCUGCAUCGGAGUGACCACGGUGCUGACCAUGACCACCCUGAUGAUGGGCGCCCGGACCUCCCUCCCUAACGCCAACUGUUUCAUCAAGGCCAUAGACGUGUACCUGGGCAUCUGUUUCACCUUCAUCUUCGGAGCUCUGCUGGAAUAUGCCUGUGCCCACUUCUGUACCAUGCAGCACCAAACACUGGGAGACAUCCACAGGGAGCUACUCCGGGAAUUUGAGGAUUCAAACGGAAAUGGCUCAAUGCCCAUGGUCAGCUCCGGCCAAUCAAAUCAACUCCAGCGGGAGCCAAAUGACCAACUGGUGACGAGCGUCAGCGAGUCAGACUCUACGGAGGAGAAGCGGGGGAAGGGGUGUUGCCUGACAACGGUUAAGACCGCGUCCCAGCGCGCUGUGUCAAUGUUUAAUGUGGAGAACCCUCACAACAUCGAUCGUCACUCUCGCACAGUCUUCCCCCUCGCCUUUCUGGCUGUUAAUGUCCUCUAUUGGCUCUACUAUCUGUUCAUCUGAUCCCCUCACAGCAAACAUGGCUGGGACGCCUCCCAAAUGGCAUCCUAUUCCCAAGAUAGUGCACUACUUUUGAUCUGGGUGUGGGGGGAGGGGUUUCGUCAAGUAGUUUGCAUUAUGCGGGCCAAUAAGGUGACAUUUUGAAAAGCAACUCGGUUUCACACAGCCUAUUAUAUGUUUACUUUCAGAUACUUUUACAGUGCUUGAUUGGGCUCGGUCGGUGCAAUGAAAUUCAAGUCUGUCCAGGCGAGGCUCAAUCCAUCGGUCGGUGGAACUUCACCUCCCCUGCAGGGGCAGUUCCUACACGGUAAUGUAAGAACAGGCACAAAUGACAUAAGCAGAAGGUCUGACGAGGCAUGUCGUGGGACUGUGCGUGAGCUAUUAGCCUCAUUCCUGGGGGCUGUCGUUAGGAGUCGCCCCAUCUUCACUUCAUCUACCAUGGCCAGAUGGUCAUGGCCCUCUACUAGAUCUAAUAUCAACGUAGCUCUCAUCCUCUCAUUCAUCCGGCUGUGAUGCAGAGGUGCUUUAAUGCUUUAGCCCAACGAGGGUCUCCAGUAGCCGGGCAUGGAAGCCAGCAACAGAAGGUAUUGCGAUUCACUGCCCUGCACUACUGAAUGAUUUGUCGCUGAACAGAACCAAGGUUGCCAUACACUGGGCUGCCUCACCACAAACUGUGGAGCAAACCUAUCAUCGGCCUUCGUAUACCUUUGAUGCAUUUUUUUCUAUGUUAACAUUAACAUUUUAUCAAACUAUCUAUUGUAUAUUGAUGUUUGUCUCGUGAAUAUGCAACAAUAAACCAGUGAACUAUGUACUGUGGGUUUAAAAAA